AUGUCUAGCCAGAGGUCAAGAUCAAGGCAAUCAGUAGGAGUUAGUUCCAGAAACAUAAGUGAUGAUCAAAUUAAUGAACUUGUUUCCAAGUUGCAACAACUUCUUCCUGAGAGUCGUAACACCAGCAGGCGAUCCGACAAGGUUUCAGCAGCGAAGGUGUUACAGGAGACCUGCAACUACAUAAGAAGUUUACACAGAGAAGCCGAUGAUCUAAGUGAACGCUUGUCUGAACUACUGGCAACAACUGACACUGCCCAAGCUGCUCUUAUUAGGAAUCUCCUUAUGCAAUAG